CAUUAUUGGACCGGGUGGUACCGAGUUCAGCGCAACUACUGCCUCUGGUUCAUUGUUGGGAACAAUAUUUGUUUGACCGCCCAGCCGUCGACCCUGCCUUCUUUACUUUCUUCUCUAAAUGUUAGUCCCGGACGUUGACCGUGCUGCUGGGCGCACGUCACCAUUCCCGGGUACUACUAGUAGAUUUGGCGCUUUAUCUCCUUUGCUUUCUGCUUCACUAACGGAAGAACACAUCGCGGAAGCCCUUCAACAGUCAUCCGACAAUGGCGCUACCCUUGAUCUUACACACAAGAACCUGACAGAUGUUGGUGACGAUGGUGCAGAACAUCUAGCAACCAUGGGCAGGAACGACUCCCUCGAUGACGAAAGUUCAGUACUCAGGAUUGCCUUGGGGUACAAUCGUCUUGCUACACUCCCUACUGCGUUUGCCCUACUGUCUCGCUUGAGAUACUUGAACUUGCAGAACAAUAGUUUCAUCACUUUCCCCGAUGUAUUAACGGUCAUGCCAUCCCUAGAAAUUCUGGACAUCAGUCGAAACAAAAUCAAACGACUACCCAGCCAAUCAGGCUCUCUGAUCAACCUGAGGGUUUUUUGCCUUUCACGCAACAAAAUCACGCGCGUCCCGGUGUACUUUACUGAAUUUCAUGAACUUGACGUCUUGAAGAUAGACCACAAUCCGAUAGAGUGGCCGCCGAAGUAUGUUAUGGAAACGUCAGAUGGAGGAAAGGAGUGGAUAACAUUCAUGCAGAAGUGGAUGAAGAACAGCUCUCGGCCUCGCUUGGACGUGAAAAAGCCCAGUAUGGACUCGUUUUUGAGUGCAAAUGCUGCUCUGGAUAACUCCAUUGAGGACCACAUACAAUCCUGGUCUCAUAUGCACGAUGACUCAGACCCAGGUGUUACCCCCCACGCUCGCUCCUUCUCUAUUGACUCCACCUUUCCCCCCCUUCCGGGACCUGCAAAGGCGCCAUCGCCGCGUUCCGACCGCCCGCCACCUCUACGCCUGGGGACGCUUCCUCCAUUCAAAGUGCCGCCUCGAUCAAGUUCUACCGGGAGCUACCUACCUACUCCUGCCGAGUCCGUAUCCUCUACAGAUGAUGACAGUACAGCCGUGCCAGAGGGUUCACAGCAUGGCCGUAAUGCAUCAUUUGCCGGUUCAGCUCGAGAUCGCCGUCCAGCACUGUUCGGAAAGAAGAGUCUACCAGAUCUCCGUGCAGCCAAAGUGAGUGACGGUGUCGACAAGCAAACUAGUAAUGGAGCAAGCAAAGGAGUCGUCUCACCUGAUCCACAGUCACAGUACGAGUUUUCAAUGCCCUCACCUCUCUCUCAUCGUCAAGACUCCUCAUCAUCGUCUGACGGUUCCUCGCAUUUCCGACGCCAAAAGGCCUACGGUCAGACACCUCCUUCAUCUGCAUCACCGACCUCUGGCGAUCCUCCGCGGCCGGUUCCCGAAGUCGAACGCCAUGCAUACUUCAAGCGUCUCUCUGCGCUUCCUACCAGUGCUAUGAUUAUUAAUCUCCCCUCCUCACUACGCUCCCUCGUAGAAUGUGCACGGUCGCUGUUCUUCGCUGUUUCGCAGGUGUAUCAGGCACUUUCACACUAUAUCACUUACACCAACGACCGCCAACUCUCCUCCGUACUGAAGAAAGUCACUGACCCUGCGUAUACUUACAUGAUGCAGUUGAACGGUGCUCUCGAUCGGUUUGAUGCGAUUUGCAAGAGAACGACGCCACCUCCUUCGCUCUGUCGGGCGCUUGUGGAGAGCAGUAGAGACACUGCAGCCAUGUUUGGCAAGGCUAUCGCGAUGAUGUCACUGCAGUUGAACAUCCUCGCGUCCAAAGAUGAUGACCGCUAUAUGCGCUCACUGGUGCUGAUCUUUUACGGUGCCAUGGCCGAGAUAUCGAAUGCAUGGCAGUCGAUGGUUCCACACGUUGAAGCCAUCAAACCUCAUCUCUCGGAUCGCCGGCGGCCUCAUGUGGUGAAGCCCCAACCAGUUCCGCAUUCCAGUCCUGAGCUUCUCCCCGCAUCAGCACCCCCGUCAUACUCCCCAUUCAAUGUGCCGCAGCAUGGUGUUCCAAUCGCCAGAUCACGGCCCACACAAUCCCUUGGUCGAGCAAGAACCACGCGGCGCCAUGCUGGGUCGUUCAGCUCGAAAGACGUGGAGAUUGGUAAAUCCUUACCUUCAUAUGACCUGCCACUCCCAUCUGGCGGUAUGGUACAUUCUCCGUCGGCGACGCUUCGUGCAGGACAACGUCAUCCGGCGCUUCCCCUUUCAGCAUCGACAUCGAGCCUGGCUCCCUCGUUGAUGAAUUCCAGCAUGCCUUCGAUAUCGUCGCUGUCUGGGCACCCAGUACACGCCUCUCGGAAUGGUGAGCACUCCCGACAAACGUCUUUGACGCCGUCACCUGCGCCAUCGCCACCUCAUGCGCCCAUCCGACGCCCAACACUUGAAAUUCCUCCUUCCCGGACAUUGGUCGACAAAGACGCCCUCGACGCCAUGGAAGUCGCAGUGGAGGCAGCGCCUGCAGUGUGGGAGAUGCUGAAAGAGAUUGUGGACAAUUUAUCUGAAGGAGCUGAAGAAUUCCGCAACACGCUUCUUAAAGCUAAAUCCACGACAGAGCGCCUACGUACUAAUAUAAACGCAAUGCGGUGCGCUGACCCAGGGGCAGACAGAAAAGGCCUCCGCGAGGACGCACACGUGUUCGUCAAGAUCGUAGUGAAAUUAUCAAAUAUGGUCAAAACCCACGGCACGUCCCACGCCGUAUUCUCAGAUCUUCUAGGCAAGAUGUUGGCAUUGACAAAUGCCACGCAGGAGUUUGUGAUGCUGCUGCACGUCUCGUCGUUCUCGCCAUCAUCGACGCCUCGACCAUACUCUCCCAUGACUGCUAUCUUGGCGCCGUCCGCAGUCGGGCUGACUGCUGUUGACGGGCGGCUAGGUGCAAAUUUAUCCAGAAGCCGCAGCUCCACACAGCCGAAGACAUUGAAACUGUUUGGUCCCAUAACAGUCCCGCGGAGCGCUCUUCCAAACCAGUCCUUCCAUAUACCCCGGAUGCGGGACACGAGCGAUGAAGGUUGAGCCCUGGUGGCCUUGUAGAACUGAUUAACUGUUAUGUCCAUGACUCAUCCUUACGACGCAUGACGCAUACCUGUAAUUAUCGUAGCAUCCAUACCAAUAUCUCAUAUUACAUAUUCAACU